UAGAAGGCAGGAAUAGCCAUUUUGAUUGCACAUGUCUUGGGGAAUGAUGGCAGGGCACUUGGGUUGGGGGAUCAUAGAAGAAGGGUGGAGGAAGGGCCCUUGGACUGCUGAAGAGGACAGAUUGCUCACUGAGUAUGUUAAAUUGCAUGGUGAAGGAAGAUGGAAUUCUGUGGCUAGACUUGCAGGACUGAGAAGGAAUGGGAAGAGCUGCAGACUGAGGUGGGUGAAUUACUUGAGGCCAGACCUCAAGCGGGGGCAGAUAACCCCACAUGAAGAGAACAUAAUUCUAGAGCUGCAUGCUAGGUGGGGGAACAGAUGGUCGACCAUUGCUAGAAGCUUGCCCGGAAGAACAGACAAUGAAAUCAAGAACUACUGGAGGACCCAUUUCAAGAAGAAGGGAAAACUCCCUUCCGACAAGUCUGAGAAGGCGAAAACACGCCUCCUAAGAAAGCAACAAUUUUAUCAGCAGCAGCAGCAACAGCAACAGCAACAGCAGCAGCAGCAGCAACAGCAACAACAACUGAAUCAACUGGACCUGAAAAGGAUCAUGGCUUUACUCGACCAACCCGACAUUGGAGACACGCCAAUGGCCCAAGCGAGGCAAGACUUGGGCAGUUGUAUUUACAGUACACAUCAUGCAGCUGAAGAGCAUGGCUAUGUGCAUCUUCCCAUCCCCAACGCAGAUGUGUCUACCCAAGAAUCCUCAAGUGAGGACAUGCUGUGGGAUGGUCUGUGGAACUUGGAUGAUUUCCACGGCAAUCUGAGUGCAGCCUGUGCAGCAAGCAAAGCUAGUUUGCACCAUCUGGUUGCUCCCUUUUACUGAAUUUGCAGGACUACUUGUUUUAGUUUUCCUAGUCUGCUACAACUACCCAUAAUCCUUCAAAAUGAGAAGGCUUCCAAUGAGGAGAUUCCAACUUGUAUAAAAAUUAUCAAGUGAGUUUUUGGAGUGUGCUUUAUGCAAGAUCAGGGCGAAGAAUUGUGUACCUUCCUAAUAAAGCGGUACAAUUGCAUUCUGCAGUGGGGCCGCUGGUGAGUACACAUCUUUGGAUGUAGGCCUCUUUGAUUCCUAUAUAUUUAAUUUUAAUUCACUAAACAUUAUUAUUAUUA